UUCACCUACCACCACCCACUCGAAUAAAUCGUGGUUGGAAAGGAAGCAAGGAAAUCCUUUUCGUCACAGUACAUUUUCAUCCACGAUAGCAUCCGUUCUUGCACCAUCGACAGGAUAAGCACUCACCAUGAAUAUUGGAUUUUGAUUGGAUGGCGGUACGGUCUCAUUCGUCGAAGUCCUUUCGCUGAAAUAGUUCGAAAAAUCACUUUCGUCGAUCCUGAAGACCGUCGGAUGGCGUUGAAAAAUAUCGCGUCGCGCAAGAACUGUGAUUUUCCCCCUGGGACUACUUCAAGCUGAGUAGCGUCAGUGGUGGGGUGGCAGAACGGGAGGCUACAGGUUCCGGUACAUUUGUGGCAUAUUUCAAGUGUCCGUGUCGCGAAACGUUUACCGCUCUUAGCGUAUGCGGGUGUGUGUUGAAAUCUACAUAUAUUAGAUGAAUCAACAUUUUGAGAAAAAUUACUCUGAGCAACAAUUUGCAUAAAUUUCAAGAUGAAACGAAAUGACUAGCAUUGAAAUUUGAUAAUAAAAAGAAGUGAGAAAAUAAACAGUGGAAAAUGGAACAACUAGCCCACUUUGUAACAAAAUCCUUCGAGUACAACAACAGCCGUGUUCUGGACAUACUCAACAUGACCGCCGGCGGUCGGCUGGGGGAAGACUUCCUCGGCCGUACCAAUGAUCCAGAGCUGCAAUCGAACAGCAGCAGUAGUGCAAGUGUAGGCGAAAGCGGUGAUUUGGAGGAGGAAAUUCAAGGACAUGCCGUAGAUCAGCGCAAAGCUGUGCAGGUAGCGGCGAAUGGCAAAUAUCGUGAUGAGGUGGAAGACGAUGUCGACAACGAGGAUGAAGAAUCAAUCGAUAUCGAGAUAACGGAUUUAUCCUACAGUACGAGUGGGUUGAAUGGCAACAAUGAACAUGGUGAUAGUAUUCAAACUGCAGUCCCAUCGGUUGUGUACAAUAGAUUUAGUGUGCUGAACAAUAACAAUAAUGACGUAAUGAAUAACCGAAAUGAAACUAGUGUAAUUAAAAAAUUCGACAAUAAGAUUGAUGAGCAUGAUCAUUCCGAUGGCAUGGGCACGGGAAAGUCAGUAACUAGGAUGCCCAUUAAUAAAAGAAACGUGCCGAAAAAUUGGUUGAUUGCAGAUCUGGAACAGGAAAAAGAAGACAAAACAGCAAAACCAAAACAGGACGUUGCCUUAAACUUGGUUUGCUCGGAAAAUGAAACCAACUCGAAGUCAUCCGAGGUGAAUCCACUGCUUCGACCAAAACCCGCCUCCGAGCUACUGAAGCAAAGCGUAGACCUAAUCAAUGGCCAUGGUUAUCCUCCGCUGCCGGCUGUCCCUAAUACAACCCUACCGACAUUCACCCGCACCGACAGUAACGCCCAUCACACCCAUGGCACAAACACCGAUAACGAUUCCGACACAGACAAGCGAGAAUCAACAUCAUCUCCGGACGACCACCAGGACGAUUCGAAUGAACCUUCCGCCACGGGUGGCUGCGACGAAAAGCUGAAAUCUUCCCCGAUUCCGUCGGAUUCUGUCCUUAGUGGGCACGGGUUGUCCACAUUGGCCAACAACAAGCAGCGACGGUCACGAACCAACUUCACCCUAGAACAGCUGAACGAGUUGGAACGGUUGUUCGAAGAAACCCACUAUCCGGAUGCGUUCAUGAGGGAAGAGCUCAGCCAGCGGUUGGGAUUAAGCGAGGCAAGGGUGCAAGUUUGGUUUCAAAACAGGCGCGCAAAAUGUCGAAAACACGAAAAUCAACUACACAAAGGUAUUAUCCUAUCCAGCCACAGCCCACCGGUGACAACCCCACUGGAACCGUGCCGGAUAGCACCGUACGUGAACGUUCCCUCGCUAAGAGGUUCUGCUGUCAACGUGGGAGUAGCGGCCGGAGUCACGCCUCCGACUGGGGUGAGUGCAGCAACCUCCCAUCCUGGAUUUCCUGCAGCCGCAUUCUCGGCGUUUGAUACGGCAUUCAUCUCCGCAGCGGCACAUCAGUACGCGGCUGCGCUAUCUUCCGGCACUGUACCGACGGGGCUGUUCUCGCUGUCCCAGUACCGACCGACGACUAGUGGUCUGGCAGCAGCGGCGGUGGCGGCCGCGGCCUCGGUUUCCCUACCCGGUUUCACCGUUGCGCAUGAUAAAAACUCCAGCAUCGUAGACCUUCGACUGAAAGCGGAGAAGCACAAGGAAAACCAGAAGAAAAUUGUAAAUAACGUGUCGUAAAGGUGAGAGGAAGGAUCGAAGACCCCAUCCUAAUCCGGAACCCUUGUCAGAGCAUCCUGUCAGUAUGUCGCGAUGUGUGCAAUUUAUAUUUGUCCAAUGUUGCUGGAUGGAUUUUUUUUUAUUUUUUGAAUUAGUUUAAAUAAUACUCCCGAAGAUUAAUUAGGUAUUCAGCAUACGAAAUUUAGUCAGCAUACACCAUAUUGUAAAAAUUAUUUAAAAAUGAAAUAAAGUAAAACUUGGAAGAAGGGUAAAAAUUACAAUAAUUAAAUCGCUAAAAUAUGGAAAUGUAAAUCUGCGUACAUUUUUCCGAACAAAUACUAUUAUAAGUACAUCAAG